AUGGCCUCCCAGGCGGCCAUGCUCCUUGAUCCCAAAGCUUACAAGAAAUCACUUCGAGCAAAUGGUACGAAUUCCGAAUCAUCCUCUCCUACGCCUCGAAUCACUGAAAGCUUGUCGGAACCUGUCCCCGUGACGGAGGAAACAACGACUGAGGAACAACCGACUGUGGAAACUCUCACUUUCAUGCGCAACAACCCCAUGAAUCUGGACUUGGACUCGACAGAUGAUUCUAACUUGCUUUCGUCUGGUACAGGGCAAUCAAGUGCGCAAAAUUCACCUCAUGCUGCCUUCACUUCUUCUACGCCUUCUGGAAGCUCUUCCGUAUUUUCAGCCCAUCCUCCGCGUUCUAACAACCUUAUGACCGCGCCAGCAACACCAGCGUCAUCAGAUGCGCCGAAUUUCACAAUGAACACUGCACCCAAUACAGAGUUUGGCAUGCCAGUUCAAUUUAUCAGCAAUGGAGACGAAGGAAACGAGAUCGGGUCUAAUCGCAGCCACGAUAAUAAUCAUGAUGUCGAAGACAGCCAACGUCGUCACGACCUGCUCAACGCAGCGUAUGACGUGGCUGUGCGCCAACAAUUUCCCAACAAAAGAAUGAAGAUUGAGGAUCGACAGGAUAAUGCUGGAUCCCGUACCAACCCUGAACACAUUUCGAGCGACGGCGAACUUGGUCAAUUCUUGAAAGAGGCCGAUUCUAAACCCACAUCCGUCGCUGCGGUGGUGGAUUUGACCAAGGAUGAGGACGAGGUGCAGAUUACAGGGUCCGACGACCUGCAGAUCAUAGGAUCCGUUAAUUUGAGCUCACAGCGGGUAUGCUUUGGCAAGAUCGAUCUUGCCUUCAUAACUGCCAAUAUCGUUCCCACGCCUACAACCGCUGGAUUUUUUGAUCAUUUGUGGCCAACAAUCAAGCUCACCCUUCAUCGAAAAGCGCAGACGGACAACUAUGAUAUUUUUGUAGCAGAUCCUAUAGGCCAGAUCUUUGGAAAAAUUGACGACAAGACGGCGUGUGCAUUGUGCCCAUUCCUGGAUAGCCCCAGGAUUGAAUUGGAUGUGGUGGCUCGCCUGGAUGAACGACAGAAGUUGCCAAAUGAAGUACCUGGGACACUCACUGCAGCAAACUUCAGGGUUUCUCUGACUCUUUAUGGCCAACGUCGCAGUGCCCACAUUCUCGGAACUUCCCUGGGCCAGUCCAAUGUCUGGCUCAGUACUCCUCACUUUGUUGAGAAUGGCGUGGUAGUGUUCAAUCCUCAUUCAGAGCUGAAGCGCUCCAUGGCUGCAAAUGCACCAAGCAACGUCUCGCGUGGACGCCCCCAAAGCUCCAACUACCGAUAUGAGAAUCGCACCGUUGAAGAGGUCAGCAAUUCAGUUACCAAAAUGCUUAACCAACUUGUCAGCGCCGAAACUCCUCGUAUGGAAACACCGGUGGACGUAAUCACCCCCCUUCUGGAUCACCAAAAACAGGCAUUGUGGUUUAUGACCGAAAAAGAAAAACCCCGAAAGUUCGGACCUAAAGAAGAAGAUAACAAUUCUCUAUGGCGUAUUGAGCACAACCGCAAAGGCCAGAGACAUUACAAGGAAAUCGUCAGUGGGGUCAUCUUCGAUGAAGAGCCGCCUCAGUCAUUUGGUGGUUUAUUGGCCGACGUUAUGGGACUCGGAAAGACCCUUAGCAUUCUAUCUUUGAUUGUGUCGUCGCUUUCGCAAGCUCGCGAGUGGGAAAAACAACCACCGCCUCUUGAUCUCAUCAAAAAGGUUCAAGGCAUUCGAAAUGCGCGAACCACGCUCUUGGUAGCCCCACUUAGUACAUUGAGCAACUGGGUUGGACAGAUCAAAGAGCAUCUUGCCCCAGAGUCUAUUUCCUAUGUGGUGUUUCACGGUACUUCGCGUACUAGAAGCUUGGAUACGCUGAAAGACUAUGACCUGGUCAUAACUACUUACUCGACAGUUCUCAGUGAGGUUCAGGGACGCUCUAAGCGUGGGGAAAGCCCAUUGAUCAAAAUGAACUUGUUUCGAAUUGUCUUGGAUGAAGCCCAUAUUAUCCGAGAGCCGGCCGCACAGCAGACCAAGGCAAUCCUCGGUCUUAACUCGCAGCGCUGUUGGUCUGUGACUGGAACCCCUGUGCAGAACCGCCUCGAGGAUCUCCUAUCUGUCACUCGGUUUAUCAAGCUAUUUCCCUACGAUGAUCGGUUCAGCUUCAACAAGUAUAUCGUCAAUCCCUUAAAGGUUGGCAAUAUUGCAACUCUGCGAGUCUUAAUUGACUCAUUUACUCUUCGACGUAACAAGGACAAGAUUCACCUUCCACCGCGAGAGGACAAGGUCAUCAUGUUGGACUUCUCCCCAGCCGAACAGAUGUGGCAUGACAUUUUGCGGACAGAAUCACUUGCCAAGAUCACGAAGAUGGAUCAUAUCGCUGGAGAAGACAGAAGCAAGAUUAGUGGCAAGAUUUUUCUUUAUGUACUCAAGGCUAUGAUGAUGUUGCGCCAGAUCUGUGCUCACGGCAAAGAGCUUCUCAGUCUUCAAGAUCGCAAGAACUUUCAAGACGUCGUUGAAGGCGUUGAGGAUGCAACUCUUUUGGAUCCGAUCGACGAGACUGCAGAAGCAAACAACGAAAAAGCGUAUGAGAUGUUCAGCUUGAUGCGGGAUUCUUCCGGCGACCAGUGUGCUCUUUGCAACAAGACCCUGGAGGAGCCUCUCAAUGCAUCGGGUGUCGUCGACCUCAAUGCCCCAAUGGCGGUUUACUUGCCUUGCGCUGACGUGAUCUGCCCUGAAUGUUUCCACGGCCUGAAGUCUUCAGCUUAUGCCCGAUCUGACUCUGCGAUCAAAUGUCCGUCUUGUGAAGGAUGGAUCAUCCCCAAAGAUCACACCCUUAUUACAUCUGCGGGCCUGUACAAAUUCAAUGAGCGGAAAUUAAAUGAACGCCAGAGCAGAAAAUCGGGCAAAUUUAAGAAGGAGUUUGGUGAAUAUGAGGGACCCCAUACGAAGACUCUAGCUUUGCUUGAAAAACUUCUAACAUCAGCUGCUGAAAGUGAGAAGCUCGAUGGACCACCCAUUAAGAGUGUGAUCUUCUCAGCCUGGACCUCGCAUCUAGACUUGAUCGAAAUCGCUCUGCGUAAUGCAGGCUUGGCUGGUUUCGUCCGCCUUGACGGACAAAUGACUCUUAUCUCCCGAGGAAAAUCACUUGAGGCCUUUGCAACUGAUAACUCCGUCACAAUUCUCUUGGCCACAAUUGGCGCAGGUGGUGUUGGACUGAACCUGACUUCGGCAUCUCGGGUUUACAUCAUGGAGCCGCAGUACAAUCCAGCAUCUGUCGCCCAGGCUGUUGACCGCGUGCACCGCCUGGGACAAACCCGCUCCGUUGAAACAGUGAUGUUCAUCAUGAAAGGCAGCUUUGAAGAGAAGGUUCUUGACCUUGCUCGGAAGAAGCAGCAAAUUGCCGAUGUGAGCAUGAACAAGAUCAAGAUGAAGAAUAAUCAGGCAAAGAACGCUGAAGAACGCAUGGAAGAAUUCCGCGAACUCUUCAAACCGAUGUGA